CGUGCCGAUGGGCCCUCACAUAACGAAACAACAUUCAUUUGUUGUUAUUUUCGUGUCUAUGCUAUGCAGCACAUACGCAGGUUCGGAAAAUGGCGCAGGUAUCAAUUCUGAUGGAUUGUAUAUUGUGAGACAACAGGUUUCGAAUAAUGGAUACGAUCCUAGCAGUCUGUUCGCAUUGUCACCAGGUGUCGACAAAACACGUGUAUCACCCUUCAAUUGGCUAAAAAUUGGGAUUAAUAAAAAUGUUCAGUCGGUUAAAAUGAAAACUGGAUGGAAGGAAGAGUUCCAUGAGAGGAUAAAGCGGUCGUUAGGAAAAGUGAAAACCAGACCGAUGGAUAAAUUUGACAUGUCAACCACAAUACCUGCACAAUACAUUGUGGUUGUGAAACUGAAUGUGCCUGUAAACAGAACAACUUUGCUGUGGUUACGCCAUGCCUUUGCCACCGGCCUGAAUCUGCCUUUGGAAAAUGUUGGCAUUUACAAAGUCAAGGGUUCGGAGGUCGAGCUCUUCUUCAUCAAACUGGGCCACCCUGUGAAUAUGUUUCGACUAAUAGACUUAAAGACGGCUGAUGAAAUAAUCACUGAUGAUUUGCUGCAGACGGUCCAAAACCAAGUGCCUACAUUUAAUAUCACUUCAUUUUAUCCUCAGCAUGAUUUUGUCAUUGAGAAGUACCAUGUGAAGUUUUGGAUGGAGAGUUAUUUCCCGUAUGUAGCAGCUGCCUGUGGAGUGUACCUUGUCCUCAUAGUCUCUAUUGUGGUGUAUUGUUGUUGGCGGAAAUCCAAAAAAGAGCCACUGGCCCCUAAGGAGCUGGCCAAGCCUCAGCAGGUGUACUAUCCCUCCAUCAAACCAGAUAUGAAGGAUCCCAUGAUGAUACAACCUGAAUCUAGUCCAACAUUUGUCACCAAGGGUUGUGUAACUCCAGUACAGACACCACCUAUGAGAAUCAAGACCAAAGGACUCUUAGAAAGACGAGGGUCAAAUGCGUCAUUGACGAUAGACCUGAAUGCUUCGCCUGAAAUGAAGAGAUGGGACGGAACACCACCAAAAGAAAGUACUGGUUUAGAGUAUUUGUUAUCAGCGGGGAACAGAUUAAGCAGAAGAGACUUAAGAAUGGCAGUCAAACAUUGUAAAGCUUUGUAUGAAGAAUUUUGGGAAAUACCGAUGAACCAUCCAGAAAAAGUGUAUGUAGCAGGUUCUGGUAUGAAGAACAGAUACAAAACCAUUAUACCAAGUAAGUAUACA